GAGGGAUGAGAUGUUGGGAAGAUGUAAAAAAAAUAAAGAGAGGGCUUAAAAAGGAACGAAGAUGAUUUUGAGCCAGAAUACCUCCACCAUCAGAUCACUCAACUUGCUUCUCAUGGUGUGCAUCAAUCUAGUGUUUGGUAUUUCACAUGAUUUGUCUGAUUCUUCAAAGGAACCUUGCAUUUUAAAGAUGACGUUACGAAAUUUCAGGUCAAUCUUAUCAUGGGAAUUAAAAAACCAUUCCAUUAAACCAACUCACUAUACAUUAUGGUACACAAUCAUGAGUGAACUAGACGAUAUGUAUACUGUUGAGAACUGUACCAAUACCACGAGAUCAUUUUGUGACCUAACAGGUAUGUGGACACAGAUGCAUGAGACAUACCUCGCCAUGGUGGAAGGAUUCAGAGGGAGCACAUCCUUGGUCAGCUGCAAGCACGGUUUCCUGCUGGCCAUGGACAUGUCAUUUGAACCACCAGAGUUUGAGAUUGUUGGUUUUACAGACCACAUUAUUGUGACAGUGAAAUUUCCAUCUGUCUUUGAGAAAGAAUUACAGUCUGCUAUAUCACUCAUCAUCGAAGAAGAGUCAGAGGGGAUUGUUAAGAAGCAUAAACCGGAAAUAAAAGAAAACUUCAGUGGAAAUUUCACCUAUGUCAUUGACAAGUUAAUUCUAAACACAAACUACUGUGUGUCUGUUUAUUUUGAGCCUAGAGGUCAGGAGACAGUUAUCAAAUCUCCCUCAAAAUGUACUCUCCUUCAACCUGGCCAGGAAUCAG